UGCUGCCGGUUGCAGCGCGCAGAGCAGACCCUACUUCUUGACUGGGACUGCUGUAGUCCCCGCGUGAUCGCAGGGCGGGUAACCGGGUGAAUCUGGGCGGGGCAGCUCCGGGACGAGGAGACGAGGCCUGGGUUUCUGCGGAGACCCAGCACGGCCCAUUCCUCCCCGCGACGAGGGACCACUGCUAUGGAAACUGGAGCACCGGGCCGGCGGGGAUUGUGGCUCCUGGGUCGUGACCGGUCUUCUCUCACCUGGGGACCCUCGCCCAAGGUUGUUUCCUGAACUAACCUGCCCUCCCGCCCUCGAGAGAGAGUUUUCUACGGACACAGACUAGCAGGAAGAUGCAGCAUCUAUGUCUCACUGGCCGCUGACCCACCAGCCCGAUGACAGCAUCUCCGUGUGCCUUCCCGGUUCAGUUCCGGCAGCCCUCGGUCAGCGGCCUCUCACAGAUCACCAGCAGCCUGUAUAUCAGCAACGGGGUAGCAGCCAACAACAAGCUCUUGCUCUCCAGCAACCACAUCACCACAGUCAUCAACGUCUCAGUGGAGGUGGUGAACACCUUAUAUGAGGACAUCCACUACGUGCAGGUGCCUGUGGCUGACACACCCAUGUCGCGUCUCUGUGACUUCUUCGACCCCAUUGCAGACCACAUCCACAGCGUGGAGGUGAAGCAGGGCCGCACCCUGUUGCACUGUGCCGCCGGCGUGAGCCGCUCGGCCGCCCUCUGCCUUGCCUAUCUCAUGAAAUACCACGCCAUGUCUCUGCUGGAUGCCCACACAUGGACCAAGUCAUGCCGGCCCAUCAUCCGGCCCAACAAUGGCUUUUGGGAGCAGCUCAUCCACUAUGAGUUCCAGCUGUUUGGCAAGAACACUGUGCACAUGGUCAGCUCCCCCAUGGGAGUGAUCCCCGACAUCUAUGAGAAGGAGGUCCGUCUGAUGAUUCCACUGUGAGCCAUUCCACCAGCCCCUGCCCCAGGGUCAGAGGUACAGAUCUGCCAUUGAUCCUACACCAAGAUCUGUACUUAAAACAUUCUACUUUCACUGAUACAGAAAAACCAGAUGAUGCCUUUUUUAAGGGCAAGUAAAAAGGAAGGGUACUGCAGCUCUUAAUCUUAUAAUUCAUAACUUUAAAGAUUCAGCUUAUUAAAUGUAAGAUGGUGAAGAUAAGUUUCCUACCCUGUGAGUGAUAGCUCAUGGCUGCUGACCAGAGGGAAGAGUGAACCAAAUGGACCAGCACCCUGCGCAUAUGGCAAGUUUGGUAUUCUGCAGCCCUCCCCACGACCGACCAACCCAGGAAUGGGUCUGCCACAAUCCCGCCUCAUUCUUUUGAACACGAAGCCGGCCUUAAGCAUCAUGGCACCUCCCAUGCUUCUCCAGUAAGUGCCAACCUACUGGAUGAGUAGCCUUCAAGUGGUACUCCAGGAGCCCUGGGGGCCCCAAGCCAACCCUGCUUCCACCUUCAACCCUGGUCUUCUAGAUGGGACUUACGCAUAAGAUAGUUUUCAAAGGAAGCAUUCCAUUGUAUAAAAUUUCUUUAAAAACAUUUCUUUUUGAGUGCUGUUGUACGUGGCAAGAUCCCCUACCAGCCUUUGAUGAAAGGUGGUAUUAGUCUCCAUCUCGGGGCACGUGUGGAGAGCAGGCCUGACAUCAGGCUCAGAGGUUUCUCUCACAGGCCUCAGCUCAGAAGGCUGGAGCUGUGGACCGGAACCCAGCCUUGUCACCUCCUGCCUGUGUGAUGUGGGGCCUCUUGGAGCCUCAGUUUCCUCGUCCAGGCGAUGACAGCCCUUUCCUCACAAGGUUGUCGUGAAGAUUCAGUGCUUCCUUAGCACGGUGCCUGGCACAUGGUAGGUGCUUGGUGCUUGGUGUAACUGGCAGCUCUCAUCACGAAUGAUACUCUGGCCCUGCUGCCCCGGGUCAGCAAGUCGUCUUCACAACAGCAGCUCCCCGCCUGCGCACAGCCCUUUAUUGCUUAGAAAGUGCUCUUCCAAGAAGUCAUCCUGUGUGGGAGAAAAAUGGUUUCGGUCCUUUCAGACCCUGCCUUUAAGGAGGCCUAGACCUCGAAGCCUUUUCAGACUUCCCAUUGGAUUAAGCACAAUGUUUAAUCCAUGUGCAAUCUGGGACUCCUAGAACAAGGAGCACACUUCCAGCUUCCCCCAAAGGGCCUUGUUUAGAUUGCUGAUCAUUAGAGCCAGUGCCCUGGUCUGGCUGACCGCUGGGGUCCAGUGGGGUAUGUGCCAAAGGGAUAAAUGAGUGGGCCCUACCAGUAGGCCCUGAAAUCCAGGAUUGUUCAAACCCCCGAGGUGUGUGUGGAUCUGGGUCAAGAGCAGCUAUUCUAAUCUAGAGAUUUUCAGACAAACAGUACAUGGGCCAGUCAAGAGCACAACUGCUCGUGGGUCAGAGCCCACUGGAGGCCAAAUGCUCCUUUUCUCCAAACCUGCCCCACCCUCACUUCCACAAAGGGCCUGCCCAGGGGUGUAAUUUUAGGGUCAGGGGAGAAGGAAAAUCGCUACUCAAGACUGAUCUCAUUUUACAGAUGAAUAAACAGAACCACAAACACCAGGGCUGGUAUGGCAGAGCCCCCCCCAAAGCAGAAGAAACCCAUCAGGAAGAAACCCAGGUGGAAAAUUUCUUUGAAAACAUUUUUAAAGAGAAAUUUAUUUGAAUAUCUUUUUUUUCAGUUUUUAAAAAUUUUUAAUUAACAUACCAUAAAAUUAACUUUCUCCUGUGUAAAGUUCUCUGUGUUUUAACACAUUCGUGUAACUACCUCCACAAUCAGGACACAGGGCAGUUCCAUCAACCAAAGAAUUCCCUUACGCUGCCCCUUGGCAGUCACACCUUUGCCCCACACCAACCUCUGGCAAACACCUAUCUCUCCUCCAUUCCCUAUAGAUUUGCCUUUUCCACAUUGCCACAUACAUAGAAUCAUAGAGGAUGUCACAUCUAGAGACUGGCUACUUUCUGUCUGUCUUUGAGAUUCACACACGUUGCUUUUUAUGGCUAAGUGGUAUUCCAUUGUUGGAUGCGCUACAGUUUGUUUUACCUUCACCCGUUGAAGGAUAUCUGGGUUGUUUCCAGUUUUGGGCGAUUUUGAAUAAAACUGCUACAAAUA